AUGGACCCCAACUGGGACCAGCGCGACGAGCCUCAGAACACCUCAUUCACAUCCUGCCGGUCCUCCUCCUUCGCCCACAGCCCCACCUGUCUCGUCCUGGUCUCCACGGCGACCGCCUCUCUCAGCAUCGUCACAGUGGCGGGCAACACGCUGGUCCUACUGUCAAUCAAGCUCAACCGCCGCCUGCGUACCGUCAACAACUACUUCCUGCUGAGCCUGGCGGUGGCAGACCUCGUUAUUGGGCUUGUGUGCAUGAACUUCUCCUCUCUGCUUCUGCUACUGGGGCGUUGGCCACUAGGGGGAGCCAUGUGUGACGCAUGGCUGGUGCUGGACUACGCAGUCAGCAGCGCAUCUGUCAUGAACUUACUCAUCAUCAGCCUGGACCGAUACUUCUGCGUGACGCGCCCGCUGACCUACCCAACCUGGAGGACAGGGCGGAUGGCGUGCGCAAUGAUUGGCUCGGCGUGGGUUUUGUCGUUUGCGAUCUGGACUCCUCCCAUUCUGUACUGGCAACACAAAAAUGGGAAAAGAGCUGUGCCCGAAGACGACUGCUACAUCCAGUUGUUGGUGAGCCCGGCGGUGACGCUGGGGACUACGCUGCCGUCUUUCUACCUGCCCGCCCUUGCUAUGGUCAUGCUGUACAGCAGGGUGUCGGCGCACAGUCGCGGCCGGCUGGCAAGGGUCGGGUCGAGGCGCAACGUGGGAAUCGGAACCGGAGCUGCAGGUGGGAGGAGGUUCUCCACUCCGUCCUUCAAAGAGCUGAGCGUCCUGAGGAGGAACCGCAGCUGGAGCAGUGAACCCGAAACACUGACUAUCAACCAAUCAGAGGCCAGUACGCCCAAAUAUGGAUGCAACAGGAAGUGCUACAGGAGUCCAGUGGAUUCGUCACCGCCCCAAGGCUCCGACCUGAUUGUGCUGCCUUCAAACUCGGGCUCGCCUCUGGCCCUGCACCGCGCCGCGUCCGCCCUGUUCAGCUCCUGCCCCAGCCUCCGCAGCACGGAGCGCAGACGGUUUCUGGCCCGCGAGCAGCGUGUCACCCGCACCAUCCUCUCAAUCCUGCUGGCCUUCAUUGUUACCUGGCUGCCCUACAACGUGAUGGCUGUGGUGGCAGCCUUUUGUCACAAGUGCGUCCCGAGGCAGCUGUGGAGCCUGGGCUGCUGGCUCUGCUACAUGAACUCUGCGCUGAACCCGUGCUGCUAUGCGCUGUGCAACACCAGCUUCAGAAAGACCUUCUGCAGCCUGCUGCGCUGUCGCCGCAAGACCCACCGGUGA